AUGGACCUUACUCAGAACUCCCAUGCUCUCUUAGCCUUGGGUAGUGGUAUUACUCUUCACCAUCUGUUCUACCGCUUGAGCGAGUGGGAUACUAGAUCUCUGUCCCUGUUGACUUCGUAUAUCUUUGUUUUUGCCGCUGGGAGUGUUAGCAUUUGGUUUUUGAACAGCCAAACAAAAGCUGUCAUCCCUUUCUCACCAAAUGAGUUCCAAAAGCUUUGGCUCUAUCACAUCCUCGGUGUGUACAGCAGCAUGCUGGCCUACCGAGGAUUCUUCCACAGACUGGGCAAAUUCCCUGGUCCUUUCUUUGCUCGGUUUUCCAACUUCUAUCUGACAAUGAUGUCUUCCAAACUUCAUCUCUACAAGGAGAUUGACAGGCAUCAUGAGACAUAUGGAGACUAUGUUCGGACAGGUCCUACCGAGCUCUCAAUCGCAGACCCAGCAGCUGUCCAGUCUAUUUACGGUACCCAGUCAAAGACCACGAAAGGUCCUUGGUAUACGUUGCUCGACCCGCGAGUGUGCCUAUCAUUCACCAGAGACAAGCAAGAACAUGCGCGUCGUCGGAGAGUUUGGGAUCACGGCUUCAGCACCAGAGCAAUCCGCGCCUAUGAACCAAUCGUUACAAAGUACGCCCAGCAACUCGUGGGAGUCGUGGAGCGAGACAUUGCCAGUCCAAUUGAUAUGACGCGGUGGUUCAGCUACUAUGCAUUUGACGUGAUGGGAAAUCUUGCCUUUGGAAAAUCAUUCAAUAUGAUUGCCGACGGCAAAGAGGCCUACUUCCUAAAGACCAUUAGGACGGAUAUGACAAACAUUGGCUAUCUCAAACAUAUGCCGUGGAUAUUCCCUAUUCUGAUGAAUAUUCCGCUCCUCAACGCAAACAACCUGAGGUUCUGGAAAUGGAUUGAAACUCAAUUCCUGGAAAGGAGUGCAAAUGAACCAGAGCAGCGAGAUAUCUUUUCUUGGAUUCUUGAUGCAUACAAGAAGGGCCCCCAGUCAAACCAAGACAUGCUCAACCUCCAUGGAGAUGGCUAUCUUAUUGUUGUGGCGGGAAGUGACACGACUUCUACAACUCUAUCGCAUCUUUGGUUCCACCUUGGCAGUAACAAGGCUCUAGUUCAGAAGCUUCAGAAUGAGAUCGAUGCUCUUCAGGAGCUGAAUGAUGAUACGAUCUCCAAGAUCGAUCUCCUCGAUGCCGCAAUCCACGAAACACUUAGGUUGCAUCCAGUGGUUCCUUCUGGCCUUCAGAGACUCACUCCACCCGAGGGUAUGACCAUUGGCGAGACAUAUGUUCCCGGAAACACCAUUGUCCAAGUUCCCUUGUACACGAUAUUCAGAGACCCACGGGCAUUCGAGCGUCCAAACGAGUUCAUUGCUGAACGGUGGACUACCAAACCUGAACUGGUCAAGGAUAGAUCCGUGUUCAUUCCAUUCAAUACAGGACCGUGGGCCUGUGUUGGUAGACGGCUUGCGCUCAUGGAGCUUCGGCGAGUGACCGCAGAGCUCCUUCUCCGAUAUGACAUUUCUUUUGCCCCGGAUAAACCCAACGAGACUUUUUUGGAAGACGGGAAGGACAUGUUUACCCUUGCUGCUGCACCGCUAUUCUUGAAUUUCACCAAGAGAGGGUAA